GGCUUACGGAAGCCCGCGCUUGGGUUGCGUUGCAGUGCGUUGCUGCCGUAGCAUCCUAGCGGUUGGACUCAAACGCGGAGGCCCGGGACUGACGCUGGUUGAACGGGUCGGCAGACAGCCCUUGGGCGAAGCGGCCCAAAACUGAUCGAAAGCAUGGAUUUUACAGAGGCUUACUCAGACACAUGCUCUGCAGUUGGACUUGCUGCCAGAGAAGGCAAUGUGAAAAUUUUAAGGAAACUGCUCAAGAAAGGUGGAAGUGUGGAUGUCGCUGAUAACAGGGGGUGGAUGCCAAUUCAUGAAGCAGCCUAUCACAAUGCUGCAGAGUGUUUGCAGAUGCUAAUUCACGCAGAUUCAUCUGAAAACUAUAUUAAGACAAAGACUUUUGAGGGCUUCUGUGCAUUACAUCUUGCUGUGAGUCAAGGACAUUGGAAAAUCACACAGAUUCUAUUGGAAGCUGGAGCAGAUCCUAAUGCAACCACUUUAGAAGAAACCACACCAUUGUUUUUAGCUGUUGAAAGUGGAAAGAUAGAUGUGUUGAAGCUGUUGCUUCAACAUGGAGCAAAUGUCAACGGACCCCAUUCUAUGUGUGGAUGGAAUUCCUUGCACCAGGCUUCUUUCCAGGGAAAUGCUGAGACCAUAAAACUGCUUCUUAAACAAGGAGCAGACAGAGAAUGCCAAGAUGACUUUGGAAUCACACCUCUGUUUGUGGCUGCUCAGUAUGGGAAGCUGGAGAGCUUGAACAUACUUAUUUCAUCUGGUGCAAAUGUCAAUUGCCAAGCCUUGGAUAAAGCUACUCCUUUGUUUAUUGCUGCACAAGAGGGCCACACAGAGUGUGUGGAGCUUCUGCUGUCCAGUGGGGCAGAUCCGGAUCUUUAUUGUAAUGAAGACAAUUGGCAGUUACCCAUUCAUGCUGCUGCACAAAUGGGCCAUGCAAAGACCUUGGACUUGUUAAUACCACUUACUAACCGGGCUUGUGACACUGGACCAGACAAAGUGAGCCCUGUUUACUCUGCAGUGUUUGGAGGACGGGAAGAGUGCUUGGAAAUGUUACUGCAGAAUGGCUAUAGCCCGGAUGCACAAAUGUGCCUGGUGUUUGGAUUCAGUUCCCCUCUGUGCAUGGCUUUCCAAAAGGACUGUGAGUUCUCUGGAAUUGUGAAUAUUCUUUUGAAGUACGGAGCCCAGUUAAAUGAACUUCACUUGGCAUACUGCCUCAAGUAUGAGAAGUUUCCAAUGUUCUGCCGUUUUUUGAAGAAAGGUUGCCUGAUGGUACCUUGGAAUCAUACAUCUGAAUUUGUAAGUUAUGCAGUUAAAGCACAAGCAAAAUAUAAGGCAUGGUUACCACAUCUCCUGCUUGCUGGAUUUGACCCAUUGAUUCUGCUGUGCAGCAGCUCUUGGGUUGAUUCAGUCAGUGACGACAUCCUUAUCUUUACUUUGGAAUUUUCUAAUUGGAAGAGACUUCCUUCAGCAGUUGAAAAGAUGCUCUCUGUCCGUGCAAACUCCUCCCGGGCUCUUCAGCAGCAUAUGGCCUCUGUUCCAAGCCUAAGCCAUCUUUGUCGUUUGGAGAUUCGGGCCAGUCUAAAAGCAGAGCGCCUUCAUUCUGCCAUCUUCAUCCAUCAGCUGCCACUUCCCAGAAGUCUGCAGAGCUAUUUGCUCUAUGAAGACGUUUUGAGAAUGAAUGAGAUUCUAGAACCAGCAGCUAAUCAUGAUGGAGCAAUCAGCGAGGCCACCUGACACAGGUCUUUUAAUUCUGUUUAGUCACAAAAGAUGGCUUGUGUGGUUGUUUGGAUUUGGGGAAAUAGGAAGUGUAAAUGUUUACAGCUGGGUUUCCCAGUGUGCCUCUUUCCCAACGCUGUGACCCUUGUUCGUCUUGCCUUACUCAAUUUUAUUUCCAGUGUACUUUGUUGUGUACCAUUUGUUUACCUGACCAUUUUCUAUAUUAUUUUGCAAAUAAACUGUGACACUGCUGUGGUGCUGGAUGUGACAUCUUUCUACUUAGGAUUCAUGUUCACCUGUGCUAGAAGAUAAGGAUAGAAUCCAUAAACUUCUCAGGAAGAAUUUAUAACAUCUGUGCUUUUGAAUUAUAUACCAUUGUUAUUAUUUUAUUUAGGGAUGAGUAUCUUUAAUGUUAAUAAAGAGGAAAUUUUCCUCCAUGUUAUAAUCUGUUCUCAUUUCUAAUUCAAACAUUUUUAUGAGGUGUUGAUACUCUUGCAUUUUCACAUGUAAAUCCAGGGGUAACUUUUUUUUUUAAGAACAUAAAAAGUCAGUCACAUUGUUGAUCUCUCAUCUCCUAGGUUCAUUCUUUCUUUAUACUUUUUGGCAAAAGACGCCCCAUUUUUAGUUUGCAAAGACAAGAACACAUCUAAACUCAAAGGCAUACACAGCAUAAACAACUUUACGUCAUCUUUAGAAGUAUUUUACUACACUUAGAAUAUUAAUAAAGAAACCUGAAAGGGCAUUCAUACAACACUAUCUAUAGAGAAAGAAUGCUGUACAUUUUGGUAAUUUAAUGCUAAUUAUAAUAGCCAGGCUUCAUUCAGCUCCAGAAUAAGAGAGCAACUUUGUUCCUGUUAGUCACCAAUAGUCAACUAUAUCACAUUAAUAUAAUGCUUUUCUUGCUUAAUAUCUGGAUGUGUUUUUAGAUCAUGGUUGAAAUAAGGACCUCAGAAUACUGCCUUGUGAAUUUUUACAACUGUUUUAUCUAAACCUCGAGUCAAGAAAAAUCAAACAUGAUCAAAUGAGUUAUCUAGUGGUUUGUAAAUUAGCCUUAAGAAGAAGGUACUAGGGUGUUAUUGUCAUGAUAGGCUGGUUUCUACAGGAGACAAGCCUUCAUCUCUUGCCCGAAACCUGUGAUUGGGUAGAUCAGCGGGGCCCAUCUCUGAUAGGCUCUUGAAAGAAGCAUAAAAAGAUGGACGUCAUGAUGACUGACUGGGAAGACAAGCUCUUCUUUACACUCAAGUCUAGUUUGGUGAGGAUAUAAAGUUAGGUAUUGAAAACCAGGCAGAAAUUCUGAUAGUUCUGUUUAAUAAAGAUAUUCCAGAAUUUUAAAAUUUUAUUUUUAAAAGGUAUUCCAGAAUUUUACAAUUUUAUUUUUGAAGUAAAACGACUUUUAUUUUUCAAACUUUGUAUCGGGUUUUGUUUUUGUUUAUAGACAAGUGUAUGUAGAAUGCUUUAAAAGAAUGUAUCUUUUAAUGUAUUUUGUUUUUGUGUCCAAAUGUAUUAUAAAACCCUUCUUUCCCAUAAGUUAUCAUUGUGGUCUUAUUUUUGAAGGCCUGAAAGUCAAUACAGACAGUCCCUGGCUGGUGAGGUUCUUACUCUACAGUAGUGAAGAGGCGACAAGCGUCUUAGGAGCUGCACUCUGAAGCUCUGUCUUCUCCCAGGCUAGCAAUGCACAGAGUGAGAUUCUCCUGGAUUCUGAGUCCUGCCAGCUGUGAGGACAGGAGGGCAACUGUAGAGGCCCGAGUGCUCACAGCUAAGUACUGGAGAAACCAAGAAAGUUAAACACAUUGGCUUAUCUCUUCAGUGGAUGGAUGCGUAUGCCUGGUUUUCCAGGCACAUAUAAUUGUGUCAGGAGUUACAUGUGGGUAAAGCUGAGACCAGGAGGUCUAUUACUUAGGUCUUCGUAUAGCUUGAGGCAGUUAUUUGAAAACUCCUGCAUUCUGAUGAGAGCCCGUGGAGACCUCAGGCAUCUCAGGAACACAUUCCCUUGGGAGGAAGCUGUGUUUUUAGUUAAAUACGGUCAUAUUUGACAACUUGUACAAGCUGUCAUAAUAGUUAUAUAAGCAUGCCCUUUUUUUUUUCUUUUUUUGGUUUGUUUUCUCUUUUUCUCUCACCUUCAAGGCCCAAUUGCUGGGUUUUUGCUUUUGUCUUUUCUUCUUAAUCUAUUUUUCAUUGUUACUGCUUUAUUAAAUGACAAAUGAUCAUUGGCACAUAAUGCCUUGCAGCAAAUAAACGAUGAUUUUGUCUAAUAAAAUCCUGCCAUUUUAAUUAAAUGGAACUGAUUGUGCAUGCUUUUUUUUUUCUGUGACAUAUGGUACAGCCUCUACUGCAUUAACAUCAGUAGUUCACAAUGAGGUCAGCAUGUUAUAUUUUUAAUGAAGAAUUACUUUGAAUAAAUUGGGUGUCAAUUUUAAGUGAUCUUGUAGAGUUGCUUUGGUGAAUAAAAUGUUAAUUGAAGGACAUUUUUU